GGCUUGAAUAUGUGAAACAUCGUACUUGAUGAAUUGAGCUAAAUUGUAUAGAUACAAAAAGCUUUGCAUGAGGUUCUGAAAACCAGGGAGCUAGAAGUACACCAUGCCAGUGGAUAGCAAAAGGAAUCCAAGGCCAGAGAGUUCCCAGCCUUAUUCGGAGUUCUGUGACCCAGAAGAGGAACCAUCUCCAGGGGCUGGUGGUGUGAGGUUGAAUGGAAGAAAAGAUGAUGAGCUGAGACCCAUAUACCUGCGCCUGGGCACGACGCUGCACGCGCAGGGCUCGUGCUACCUGGAGAUGGGCGCCACCAAGGUGACGGCGGCCGUGUACGGGCCGCGCGAGGUGGCGCGCCGCUCUGAGUUCAGCACCACCGGCCAGCUGAGCUGCGAGCUCAAGUUCGCGCCGUUCUCGUGCCGCCGCCGGCGCGGCUACAUCCCCGACAACCAGGAGCGAGAGCUGAGCCAGACGCUGCGCACGGCCGUCGAGCCCGCCGUCUGUCUGCACGAGUUCCCCAAGUCGAACGUGGACGUGUUCGUGUACGUGCUGCAGGACGACGGCGGCGCGCUGGCGGCGGCCGUCGUGGCCGUCAGCGCCGCCCUGGCCGACGCCAGCGUGCCCAUGUAUGACCUGGUGGCCGCCGCAGCCCUGCGGCACACGGCCGGCCGUGACCUGCUGGACCCGGACAGCGGCGAGCUGGCACCCCGCACGGCCGCCGAGCCUAGCGCCGAGCACGGAGACGUCACCGUCGGCUACAUGCCGCAGCUGCAGCAGGUCACGUGCCUGUACUCGGAGGGCGUGAUGUCCGUGGACGCCCUGGACAAGUCGGUGGGCGCGCUCACCGCCGCCUGCCAGCGGGUGUACGGCGUCAUCCGCGAGCGCCUUCUGCGCAAGGCACGCCACGUCGUCAACGGCAACACGUGACGCCGUUGCAGUACGUUGGAUGCUCUUGCCUUGGGUAGUGUCGCUACCUCGUCGGGGUGCUGGCGUGGCGUCUCGCGCUUUUUGUAUGGGGGCGUGAGUUGUACGUGAUUCGGAGAUGGAUCUCCCAGCGCCUCCAUUCGGCCGUCGCAUUGUCAUACACCAAUAAACCAUCGACAUCUUA